AUGUUAUUGAUUUAGAAAUUCAAUGCCGAGGGCGAGUUACCAUGUCCUAUGCGGAUGGGAGAUUGGGAUACCGUGUGGACACCCCCCGCCCCAAGCAAAAGCCAAGCGAGAGGGAGCCGUUGGAUAGUUAUGAUACGACACCACUUUGUUUGUCUGCUCUCUAGACAACCCACAUGCCACGUAAUUCGGGGACUGCCAUAGUAAAUUGCCUCCACGCUCUCUAGCAUAGCCACCCUAUCAUCCCCUACAGGCAGUCAAAUUCCUCGUUGAUUGUACCCCCCUCUCUCUCUCUCUCUCUCUGUGGCCCAUUACCCCAUUUUACCCUCUUCUCCAUCUAUAAAGCACCCGCCUACUUCAUUGCUUCUUCCCCACUCCUCUCCAUCGCAAUCGCGCACGUUAAUCGGACGAGUUUUCCUUCGACUGUCGAGUUUAUCGUCGUUUAUGGCACCCAGGGAGAAGUCUGCCGCCGUUAAAUCUAAUGUUCACGGCGGCCUCAAGGAGGUGCAUUUUAGGGGGGUUAGGAAGAGACCCUGGGGGAGAUACGCCGCUGAAAUUAGAGAUCCCGGCAAGAAGAGCCGUGUCUGGCUAGGGACUUUCGAUACCGCCGAAGAGGCCGCGAGGGCUUACGACGCUGCCGCCCGGGAAUUCCGGGGGGUCAAGGCUAAAACCAACUUCCCUUUUCCUUCCGAGAAUGUGAGCCAACAAACUAGUCCGGCUCAGAGCAGUACGGUCGAGUCUUCCAGCCGUGACCUUGAGCCGGCUCGUCGGAUGGAUUCGUCGCCGCUGGACCUCAACCUGUCCUCCCACGCAGGAGGAUCCGUCACCAGCUCCGUGCGUUUCCCUUUCCAGCAGCAGUUUCCGUUGCCGCCUGCGAUAUUCCCCGGCACGCUUCCGCAGGUGAAUCAGGCGUUUUACCUUGACGCGGUGCUGCGCGCGAGCAUGGCGGCGGGUCAGGCCUUCCAUGGAAUCGUGUUCGACGGGCGUCGUUCCGCGGCAAGUGAAUUUCGCUCCGGUGGAGUGCAAAGCGAUUCCGAUUCCUCCACAGUGAUCGAUCUCAACGUUCGCGAUGAUGGUAAGACUUCUCGAAAGGAGUUGGAUCUCGAUCUCAACCAACCCCCUGCGGAGGACAUGGCAUGAAAGUUUUAGCCCCUGCCUUAGCGUUUUUUUUUUUUUUUUUUGGGUUUAAACUUAUGGGAUUGUAGAGAUUCUCUCUAGUUUAUAAUAAGAGAAAGACAGUAGUGUCCGUACGGAACACGAUGAAGAAAAGUAGCACAGAUCAGGAAGAAAGGAGCACGAUGUGAAUACGUAAAAGAUUGUCUCCAUUUUUUGCGACAGAUCCAGGCACGACGAGUUUCGAUCUGUUGUUCUGAAUGACGAAGCUGUUUGGAGUUUUUAUUUCUUUCAACAUCUCUGUAGUUGUUGCUUAACAUUUAAAGCUCAAUUAUAGUAAACACUCUAUAUUUCCGGAGAAA